UGUGUGUGUGUGUGUGUGUGUGUGUGUGUGUGUGUGUGUGUGUGUGUGUGUGUGUGUGUGUGUGUGUGUGUGUGUGUGUGUGUGUGUGUGUGUGUGUGUGUGUGUGUGUGUGUGUGUGUGUGUGUGUGUGUGUGUGUGUGUGUGUGUGUGUGUGUGUGUGUGUGUGUGUGUGUGUUGUUAGCUCCACCGCUUAGCUCAAUCUGUCAAUACGUUGCAGAAAAGAACUCAAAGUCGGUGUGCAAUCGCGACGAAUAUUAAACUUUAGACUUAAAUAGCCGUUGUUUUGGAGCUACGACAUGACCAGAGGCUGUAUUAUUUUAGCCGGCUGUCCAUGAAGGAUGUGUGUGUGUGUAUGUGUGGGGGGGUGCUUUUGUAUUUUUUAUUUUUUUGCCUUUAGCUGACCGGCUAGCUAAGUUUGGGAAGUGAAGAGAUACGGGAGCAAAACAGGACCGUGAGCGGCUUCAACAAACCUAUGCGACUGAACCCAGGUGAGUGAGUGAUGGAGGCAAGAGAGCUGUAUGUGGUGGCUGGAAGCCUCAUCGGGUUCCAACUGUUCUUCUCUGGCGUCAGCCCAUUAGUGUCGUCUACGUUAACACGGGGCUACGGGAAACUCCCACCUAACAAAAUCAAUGAGUGGAACUCCAGGCUUGUGUCCACUGUCCACGCGGUGAUUGUCGGCCUUUUCUGCCUUUACAUCCUGUGGUUUGAUGAUGCCGUCAACACAGAUCCAGUCUGGGGAGAUCCCAAUUUGGUCAAGCUCAAUGUCGCAAUUACCUGUGGCUACCUGCUUUACGACCUUCUGCUGCUAGCCUGCAACUGGAGCACCAUGGGAGACAGCUUUUUUGUGUGUCACCACUUGGCGGCACUGUACGCAUAUGGAUAUGUGCUGACACGCGGUGUUCUUCCCUAUUUCGCAAACUUCCGACUUAUUUCAGAAUUAUCAACACCGUUUGUGAACCAAAGGUGGUUCUUUGAAGCCCUGGCAUAUCCUCGCUCUCACCGGCUAGUGGUGGCUAAUGGCGUGGCCAUGGCCGUGGCCUUCUUCCUGGUGCGCAUCGCUGUGAUGCCACCGUACUGGGCGAAAGUGUUUGGCACAUUCGGCACGCCUGCCUUCGAGAGGCUUGGCCUGGGUGCACAGGUGGCCUGGAUCAUAUCCUGUGUGUGUUUGGAUGUUCUCAAUGUUGUAUGGAUGUAUAAAAUUGCCCGUGGCUGCUACAGGGUCAUCACUGGAACAAGUGGCAAAAAGAAAGGUGGCAUAGCGAGCUCUGAUGACUUCAACCACGUCAACAAUCACAUGGACUGAACAACAACAUACCGUAGGCAGGGGACGGAACUGAAAGUGGCAUACUGGACCACAGUUUUAGAUUUUAUUCUUCCCAGCCAGACCAGGAACACGGUAGCUGCUGCUUAUUUACAAUCUUUCUCUAAAAGUGAGACCGAGAAUAGAGUCUGCAGUGUUCUCUGUUGCCUGGGUUGGAGAUCACCAAGAGCAUUGUGGGGAAGAACAUUAACAAGCAUACAGUAUAGACCCCUAUUGCUUCAGCCACAAAGUGCCUCAAAACCCAAGGAUCAGAAAUGGAACGUAGAGAUACACCUUCGAGACAACUUUCAAAUUACAAAAGCUACCUUAUUAAAGAUUUUCUUGAAAGUUGUCUGACAGAUGUACCAACUCUUGGGGUCUUCCGGUUUUUAGACACAGUGAACAUUCACCCAAACACACCACUGUGCCUCUUACCUACAGGUUUUGGAGCGUUUUUCUUUGAAACUAACUCCAGUGAUUUUUUUUUUUUUUUUUUUUUUGCUUUUUGUGUCUUCUCCAUCAUUUCUAAAUGUCAAAAUUUGUGAGAUUUUUUGUUGUUUCUCAUAGUCUUUGGUGCUUCCUACUUACCAGCCGAUGCGUCUAAAUGGUACAUCUGCUUCGGCUGUCGGAACUGACGGCUUUAGCAUGUGAAAGCCGGCCGUGUCCUUUAUUCAGAAUGUAUUCAGUCGGGAUGAGCAUAUCCUCAUCCUUUUCAUGUGUAUAUGCCGACGGCGCCAUUUUAGCCCAUUUGUCCACUUUUGACUUAAACACAAAUAAUAAUUUCAGCAACAUGGGUAUAAAAAUGUAUCAGCCAUAAUGAUAUAGUCGCAGAUAUCCUGACAUUUAGAUAACUCAACACUGACUGCUCUGUAGAAGUCCUCGAAGGCCAGCACGCAUUUUCCGGCUUUAGUGCAUCUUUUAAAUUCGGUAAUUAACUGGUAAGUUGAAUCAGAUUUCCUUAAGCAGAGGAAUCUGUGUAAACUGUGCAGUAUUCUGGCCUUUUCAGGACUGGAGUUGGCACUGCAGCACUGGUGUGUUUCUUCACCAAUAAUGUUUGAUUGAUGAGUCCAUUCAUGCACAAUCCACAGUCAUGUACAAUACGUAUGCUACAUGUUAUAUAUUAGGUUCAGAAAUUCAAACCACAAGCAUGACUGCUACGUUUCCUGUGAAUUUACACACUGCUCAGCUGAUCACCUCAGAUAAAUUCAUUUUGAUUUAAUGAAUUUGUACUAAAUUAUAUCGGCCUUUGUCUUAUUGUUUCAUUCAGUGCUAUUUUGUAGUAUUACAAAUGCUUUAACCCAUAUGAGUGUCAGUAUUUUGCCUCAAAAAAAAAAAGAAAGCAUGUAUAUCUCCCAAAUGUUAGUUUUUGAUUGUUAUUGGAAUUCUGUAUAACCUGGCUCUCAGAAAUGUAGCCAGACAGAGCUGAUAAAGUGAGCGGGAAUCAUGGAAAGCAUUGUUUAUUGCCUUACAUUCUGUCAGUAAAGAGAUUCUUUCUCAUAUCUUCAGUAUUUCAAGCUGUGACGAAAAUCAGAUCUAUCGAUACAAUUAAAGUUGUUUCGAGCUGUGUGAGCCAGUGCCGGAUUCUGUAUAUGUAAUUCUAGUGCAAUUCUAUCCAGUGAUUCUGUUCAACAUAAGCUACGGCUGACGGCUCAGUCCGAGCAGCGGUACGACGUGAUAUGUAGCAUUAGUAGGAUUUCUCUUGCCUGCGCCUGUGUGGAGCUGCUCCCAACAAAUCCACAUUUGACUGGAAACCACUGCUUUAGAUUGUGUACCUUUUCAGUACAAGUAUAGACAACGCGUUAAUGAAAUGAGACCUUAUAGUAUUUGAAAUUGUUAUUUGCACAAGGCAUGCAUCUCAGUCGUGGGAUUAGGUAUUUAUUAGCUGAUAUGGUCACAAUUCUCCAUCAACUAUAAUGUUAGGAUAAUUCUAACAUUGCCAUCUCCCAGAUUUGAAUGAUAAACAUGGUACAGCUAUACUCUGAACGCUGUAGUGUUAGCACAGGGCAUUAGCAUUAGCAUCUCUGCUGAAGUUUGUAUUUUUUUCUUUUCUUUUUAUUCCUUUGUACGUUUAGAAAGAAAAAUCAAUGAAAUGCUGUCAUGCUGCAUGCAUAUAAUAUACAAAGAAUUAGUCUUGAUUACCUAGAGUUUCUCUCAAUGAUUUUCAUAUUGUGUAAUCAUUCGGCCAGGCACAUCCCAAGUAAUCAGUUUAUAUACGGAAUGUGAAUGAAAAGUAACUGAAAAAAUAGACUUAAGCCAGCAAUAAACAAUGGGGAAAAAGUAAUAAGUGAGUAGUAUGUAUAAGAAAGAUUAGAAAGAUAACGAUUGUACUUCAUUUUGCAUUUAACUCCCUUUUAUUGUCUUUUAUCACAACGUGUAUAUUUCUCAUUUGUUUUGAGACUCGGGUUUUUAAUAUGAAAGUGUAAAUUUAAACUGGGCAUAGCAAGGCUCUGUCUCAAAAUUCAAAUAGCAUGACUUUGACAUAACAGCAGUUGUGUCUUACUUGAACUUGUCGCUUUUCAAUAAAUCCAAGGGCAUUGAAAAUCA